AUGAACACCGUUGAACAGACGACGCCCCUCACGAACUCUACGGUACCCGUCGAUGCAGAGUUUACGUACGAUGAUGCCACUUGGGUUCUUACUGCAGCAAUCGUCAUCUUUACCAUGCAAACUGGAUUUGGACUCCUGGAAUCUGGUUGCGUCUCGCAAAAGAAUGAAGUGAACAUCAUGAUGAAAAACGCCGCUGACGUCAUCUUCGGCGGCCUCACGUACUGGAUGUUUGGCUUCGGCCUCCAGUACGGCAUCCCUAAUACAAAUUACACGACGUCGAACCCAUUCUGCGGUUUCGGCCGUUUCCUCGUCGACGCCGAACCGGAGGAUAUGGGCGAAGUCUUCUCGACAUUUAUCUUUCAACUUUCCUUCUCAACGACAGCGACUACUAUAGUCUCUGGAGCAAUGGCGGAGCGCACAGAUUACAACGCCUACUGCAUAUUUUCCUUGUUGAACACCAUCGUGUACUGCAUCCCCGCUGGUUGGGUUUGGGGAGACCACGGAUUUCUAAAGCACAUGGGAGCCCUAGAUUUCGCCGGCUCUGGUUGCGUGCACCUUUUGGGAGGAGCAUCUGCCCUUGUGGCUGCUAUGCUUCUGGGUCCACGGGACGGCCGCUACGACACGUCAGAGAAGCCGCCGAUGAGCAGUCCAACUAAUGUAAUGUUGGGGACUUUCACCCUGUGGUGGGGAUGGCUCGUGUUCAACUGUGGCAGUUCGUUUGGUGUCCGUCACGAGAAGUGGAAGUAUGCUUCUAGAGCCGCAGUUACCACAGUCAAUGCUUCACUUGGGGGCGGCGCUGUAGGGGUGUUUUACUCCUACUUCACAAGCCGUAAGUUUUACGUCGAUGACAUUGUCAACGCGAUCCUCGCUGCCUUGGUCGCCGUCACAGGUACGCUCGUACAUGCCAUAUCAGCUAUCGUGGUCGGAGCCACUGGCGCCUUGUUUGCUUGCUGGGUCCCAAUGGCGAUGGACUACUUCCAUAUCGAUGAUCCUGUCGGUGCAGUGUCGGUGCACGCGGUAGGAGGCCUCUGGGGACUUCUUGCAGUCGGUAUCUUCAUCGACGCCGACCAUCUGCUCAAAAUGUCACGUGGUCAUAAGGGAAUACUCAAAGGAGGAGGUUUCUACCUUCUGUGGGUGCAGUUCCUGACAUCUGUGUGCAUCACUACCUGGAGUGUUGUGGUCACCUACAUCUUGCUCAAGUCGAUAAACUACGUCGUCCCCAUUCGAAUGUCCCUCGUCGAAGAGAAGCUUGGCGCAGACCUCGUGGAGCAUUCACUCAAGUAUUCCACGUACGACUACGACGCCAUCAUCGAAGACUUUCGAAGGAAGGGCGCCCUGGUGCCUCCUGUGUCAGAGGACAUCACUCAUCGCGGAGCUUGGGAUGACUACAUACUCGCGAAGUAUCUCGGCAAGGGAAUGGCUCAAAGCGACGCCCAACUGCGGCUCAACCCGAAGACGUACUUCAACAAUUAUGUUGGAGUUGAGGACAAAAUGCUGUACUGGAGGCGAUGCGUUAUCCUUUAAUGAAAUAAAUAAAUAAAUAAAGACGUUUCCAACGCUAAA